UUUCUCUCUCAAGCAUCUUCCUCCAUUGUAGUGCCCAAGAGAGCUUUCUGUUCAAACUUCAUUUCACUAAAAGAUUGUUGUUAGAGUCAGGCGUGGCUCCGAAGAUCUCUCUGAUCUUUCUGCUUGUAUUGUUCCUAACGAAUCCGCGGGUAAGAGACAGUACAUGCUUAGAUCCAUUGAUGACCCGAAUUAUACAGUUGGGUUCUCGGAUCGUACUGAGUCUGUUUGCCUCGGUAUACAAGCUUCAAGAGGGUCAAGAAUGGUGGAAGCAUUGGGGAGAGCUAAGCUUCAAGAUGGCUAUGUUUCAUAUCCAUGGGAAAGGCGGAUGCAAGAAGCUUUACCAAUCUCUGGAUCCAGCAACUUUCUCUCCAUUCUUUUUCUUCCUAAAGCUUCUGUUCAUGGAAGGGCGGGUUCUCGGUAUAAUGACUUGGAAGACACACUUGCUCGUGCAAAUGCUUGGCUAAGUUGUUCACAAGCUAAUGGCGUACCAAUCGUCUUUAUGAAUAUUCAGACUGAAUCUCUGCUCACUAAGAUAUCGGGAGAGACCGCCUCAGCAACGGUAAAUACGAUGACUUCGCUUUCUGACCUGUCGAAUCUCGCAAACGUGAGUCUCUAUGGGUUUGAGGAUUAUCAUGGAGUUGAUAUUGGUGUUGUGAGAGCGGUUCGGCUUUGGUAUGCUCCUCUUGGUGUUGAGUUGCCACUUGAAAUCAAACUCAGAGAUGAUGACACCAAACUUGGUUUCUCCAUUAGCCGCACUGAAGAGGGUUUCAUUUAUGUCUCCUCGGUAACGGACCACGAAGAUGAGAGUGCACCAGCUGCAAGAUCGGGCCUGAGCUCAUUAUACAGAGAUGCAGCCAAGGCCUCGCGUCGUCUGGUGGUUUCACGUGUCGGUAGCCAGAAGGUAUUGCCGUGGAUGGUUUCCUCUACAGGAGCCAUUCGCUGCUACGACACCGUUUCGCUCAGCCAGAAACUGUCGCUUCACCGUCACGCAAAGGUUUCCAUCAUCCUCCACGUUAUCCUCUGGGACACCGCGAGUUUCUCCUCACCGCCCAGGAGCAGCAUGUUGUUUAGUAACCAAACACUCGACUCGAGCGAGUUUUCGUGGCAUCGAAUUGCUCCGCCACCACGACAGGUCGGUGACAGACAAGUGCUGCCAUUGCCGGAUGACGAGGAUGAUGUGUUCGGGUUGGAACGCGAGAAUGUGGGUAAUGCUUCGUUUAAGUUCCAAGAGAUCCCUUUUACUAACGAGUCCUUGUGAGUUGUGAUGAGAUCUUGCAUUUUGUGUGCUAUAUUUUUGGGGAUAUGUAUUUGUACGUGCAUGUAAAUAAUUGAAACACACUAGGGAUAUUAUAUAUAAAAGAUGUCACGCUGUGUAGA